AUGUUGAAAAAUUUUUUAAUAUUUUUCUUGUUUUGGCUGGCAAAACCUAUUGACUUUCUGACCUUUGAUAAUGGUGAGUUAUUUGGAAUGAGACUUUUUUUUUGAAAUUUGGAUUGGUUUUUUUGCGGAAAGAUCGAGGGUUACUGUAAGAAAAUCGAAGAAUACAGUAACUUUCGUUUUUUUUUCUACAGGAAAUUUGAAUUUUUCGAAAAAAUCUUAUGUUAGGUUCUCAGUGACGAAUACACUUGUGAUGAAUAAGUUCUAUUGUUCCACAAAAAAAAGUUCACAUGCUUUAUUAGAAUUUUUAUGUGGUAAAAAACCUUUUUUCAGAUUACUGUGGAUAUAAUGUGACAAAUUGUAAGAUUGAAGAGAAUAUGAAUAUAACAAAUGAAUUUUUCAAACAAAAAUUACAAGACAGGAUUAUCAAUGUGCGAAGGGUUUUGAAUGAUCAAGUUUUCAGUUUUAAAGGUGAGAAGAGUCUCUUAAAAACACAUCAACGUAUGAUUUUUUUUCAGAAUUUUUUGGUAGAACUCUCCGAAACACACAUCUCGAUUUGGAUUCAAUGUUUUCAAGUACAUAUGGAAGUUUUUAUCAGGAAAAUGUGCAAAUAUUGAAUGGACUUUUUGAAAGGAUACGGAACUUUUCAAUGUCAUAUUCUGAAGCAAGCAUGAAACAUAUUAUUGAAACAUUUUUUGAUGAUCUUUUUUUAGUGGUUUUUAGAAUCACCAAUCCUUUUGUAAGUUUGGAGUUCUCCUUGAUUGUUUUUGGUAAAUAGAAAUAGAGUUUCAUGAAAACGAAAAACUUUUCCAUCGUGUAUGUAUUCUAAAACAAUAAUAUUUUCAGCAAUCAGUAACCGAGAAAAAGCUAAAAUGUAUGCAAGAAUAUUCGCGAGAUAUUGAAGCAUUUGGCGAUUAUCCACAAAGAAUAAUAAAUCAAUUGUCACUUCCAUUAACUAAUUGGCGACACUUUAUUUCUGCCAUCGAAACUCUGCACACAAUUUUGGAAGGCUACAUGAAUGUGAGUCACUAAUUAAUCAAUAAACACAACCUUUAAUUGAAAGGCAAAAACAAAAAAGUCCGCAUUUUUUCGGUCUCUUCUAAAGAUUUAAAUAACAAAUGACUUUCACUUCGACUCAAAAUGUCCUUCAUUUAUGACAAAUAAAUAAGAAAGCACUUUUUUAAGGACUGAAGUAUUUAGGAAAUGAAAUCAUUUCUUUUUUUACAGAUAACACUUACUGAACAGUGUCAAAGAGGAUUAGCGCGAUUAGACGGAUGUGCACAAUGUGCAAAUGUUCAAGUGAAACCUUGUCAGAAUUACUGUAUCAAUAUUUUGUCAGGUUGCACUUAUCAAAUGCUGGAAAGUGAAGAAGUUUGGAAAGAGUCGGCAGGUUUGUUUGAAGUUUUAUUCAAUUAAAAUUCUGAAUAGGGCUGAAUUUUCAUUGAAAUGUUUUUCUUUUCAGGGUUACUAAUUCAAUUGGCCGAGCAAUUGAAUGGCCAACAAAAUCUGGUGUCUUCAAUUGAUCCGGUUGCAAUUUUGAUAAGUGAAGCGCUGAUGCAUUUUCAAGAAAAAAGUGAUUAUAUAACUAACAAGGUGUGGUAUUGUUAUUAGUUUUUGGAUUUUCAAAAAAAUACGUAAAAAAUCGCGUUUUGAUUAAAUUACAAUCACAUUUUUAAAAUAUAUUUGUACUACACAAAAACCAACAAUCAUUUUCCAGAUGAUUAGUAGAUGUCUCUACAAGGAUUCCGAAUCUUUCUUAUAUCGUCGAAAACGUUCAAUAGCAAAACCAUAUCCACCAUCUCGAAGAACAAUUGAUCAUCGAAUUCUCAACCAAAUGUUUGCUGCAUUCAUAACCAAGGUAUUUUUUUUUAUUUUUCCGAAAAAAAUCCAUAAAAAUAUUUUGCUCCUCCUUGGAAGACAACUUCUUUAUCAAAAAAUAAAUAAGAAGCGGAUUAGAACACCUAAGAAGGUUAUUUCUCUUUUUUCAGAUGGAAAGAUUCGAUUCGUUAUUCGGCAAUGUUCCACGGUUUGUGUGUCAAGAUGAAGAAUGGGGGACCAAUGAUAAAAGUCAAUGUUGGAAUGGAACAAGUGUUGGAAAUUAUAGAUAUCCUAUCGCAAAUUUGUCGAAUCCUUUUGGAAAUCCUGAAUAUCAGAAUAGAAAUAUAUUGACAUUCAGAGGUUCGGUUUUUUGAUUUGAAAGAUUUGACCGAAAAUAGAACAUGAGAAUUUUUCUAGGAAACUAUAUGGAUGAACGACUUCGAAUGAAAUGGCUGCAAUCUCGACUUCAGAAUAUUGUCAUAACAAAACCAAUAAUUCACCCAUUGUCUGUAGAACAUAUCAAUUCAGACGAUGAAGAUUAUGUAAGUAAACUUCGAUCCCCAAACAUCAAAAAUUAUCAUUUUUUUCAGAAUGAUUACGAAGUAGAAGGUUCAGCAGAUUACCACAACGCCCCUUUGAAAUCUCCAGUAACUCGUCAAAUUGAAAGAAAUCGUAUUGAAAUUGUCAUAGAACCUUUUCCAAUAACAAGAAGUUCAACAAAAAUCAAUCAAUAUAUUAUACUUGUCACUUAUUUUUUGCUCAACCUUUGAUUAUAUCUGUAUAUAUUCCCAAAAUCCCAAAAUAAAACAAUUGUUCAAAAUGUUUGCAGUUUGACAGGGACUCUUUAUGAAAGAAAACGCGCCCCAUCGCAUCUAUUUUUCUCUAACUUACACACUAUUUCUCUCCCUUUUUUAACACUACUACUAGGUGUUUGUUUUUUUCGUUGUAUUUUAGUUUGUUUUUUCAAAAUUUAUACAGUCCUUGUUUAUUCAUCGUUAUAUGGAGGAUGAGAAUGACGAUAAUUUGUUAUUUCGCACGUUUUCUGAAUUAGAGAUUGAAGAGGAAAUCAAGAAGGAAAUUGAGAAUCAAAACGAUAUUCAAAGUAUGUUUUUUGUCUGUUGUGCUUAUCAAAUAAAAAUUGUUUGAAUGCAUGGAAAAGUGACGUUGCAUUAUUAAAUUUCGUAUGUACUGAAUUCAUUUUUCAGAUCCUGUUCAACAAAAAUCAUCAAUCUAUAGAGAAAUAUUAGGUCUUAUUAGUUGCACGUGUUGCAUUAUGCUCGUAUUAUACUCACUUUUUUCAAUACUUGGGUGAGUUUUUUUUAAUGAAAAAAAAGGGUUUUGAUAAAAUUUCUAUAUUUUAUUCUAGGUUCUACAAUGGGUCAAGAAAUUUGAUUCAAGCAAAAGCUGCGGCCAAACCAUUUUUCGCUGAUUUUCAUCGUGGAUUUAUUGAUGAUAAUUUUGAUGGAACACUCAGAACUUCAAGGUAGCUAAUUUUCUAUUAAAAAAAUUUUGAAAAUACAUUGCUCAUUUUAGAAAAACAUCAAUCAACUGUUGAAAUGUUCUAUUCACCAUACAGUAUAAAUUCCAAGCAUUUUCGACGGAAAUAUUUCGAUGUCGCAAAAUCGAUGCGAAUUAAUCACCCAGUAUGUUUUUUUAAUUGUUCAAUAAAAUUUUGAAAUUCAAAAAAAAAAUGAUUGCAGAAAACUCAUCCAUAUUUCUCCGCUGUAAAUUGCUUUGAUAGUGGUGGAAAAUGUCGGCAGAAAUAUAAAAUUCAAAAAUAUCCGAUUUUGAUGGCAACUUCGUAUUUGCAGCAAAAAUCGAUUUAUAAUGGACCAUCAGAGGAUAAAUAUGUGAUAAGGUAACUCUAGAAAUAUUAAAAAAAAAUUAUCUGAAAAAAAUUAUGCAGAUGGCUGAAUCGAUUGCAAAACUCAGUUCAUCGACUAUCGAUAGCGGAAGAUUUGGUUGAAUUGGCAAAACAAUACGAUUUGAUGGUGAUUUUGUAUGUUGAGAUGAGGAAUAAAGUUUCACCAUAUUUCCGGAAUUUCACAACGGCUGCCUAUCAGUUUUAUGAUGGAAAUCCGAGUGAGUUCUUGCUUCAUUGAAUCAACCAAUUUUUCACAUUCAAAUUCAAAUCAUACUAUUCCAGACUCGGAAUCAACAAUUUUCUGUGUUGUCACUGAUCCAUACAUUGCAAAAAGUUAUCAAAUUCACAGCGAAAACUCGAUAGUUUUUGUCAAUUCAGGUAUAUUUUCAUCUUAUUUUUUUCCAAAUCCUUAUCCAAAAAUCUUAUUUUUCAGAAUUGAAUGUUCUUCUAACUCAUGAGAACAAAGCCUGGAGCGUUGAAGAAUUGUUAGAUGGAGUUCGCCGAUAUUCUACAGAAGUCAGGAAAAAAUCGAUAGAAGUUUUAAACCCGGGAUGGCAAAAUUUGGCGUCGUCCCAACUUGCAGAGGGAAUUAAUUCAAGCUCGGUUUUGCUGUACCUUACGAAAAAUCCAUAUUAUAAUAGCGAGAUUUAUAAUAUGUUUCGUGAAACUGCCAAGGAAUAUUUUCACUGCAAAGAAAAACAUCUCCUUUCGCCAUCAACUUCUGAGGAAAAUGUCACAAUUCCCCUGGUUGAAGAUUGCACAAACGGCGUGAAAUCCUAUUCAUGUGAUGUGAGUGUACCUCAAAAAAUUUGGAAAAAAUUCGAAUUUUUUUCAGAGAAACUCCACUUUAAAAUUCAUAAUUGCUGAUUCACUCACGGAACCUCAAUUAACAACAAAAUUCGGCGGUGAACAUGUGAGUUAUUUUUCGAGAUUUAAAAAAAAAUUCGUAUAAAAAAUGUGUUCAGGACAUGAUUGUUGCUAUAAAUGGUGAUCAAGAAGUGACAAAAUUUGUUAGAGGGAAUAUCAGUAGAGAAUCAAUAAAUUGUCUGAUUCGCCAACAUCAUGAAGCCGCUGACAAUCAAUUUGUCGUCGAAUCUUCUAGUGUUGUACCAAUAACAUCUGAAAUUGAGAUUAAUGAGCCUAUAAAUCCAAUUGGUGAAGCAAGUGGCUUGAAAUUCAUUGAUGAUAUUAACAAAGUUAUUGGGCCGGAAAAGGUAUGGGAAACAUUAACAAGAAUUUUUUUAUAAUAUUUUUUUCAAUCAAUUUCAGAACACUGUGGCGCUUUUCACUAGUGGAAUUUGGCAUAGUUCGUCAGCUUCAACGUUGGCAGUUUUUCAUCAGACUGCUGAAUAUUUUUCGAAGGCUAGUAAUUUGGUGGAAUUUGUUGUGUGAGUGACUACUUUUGAAAAUUGAAUAAUAUAACAUUUUCAAUCCAAAUUAUUUCAGCGUUGACGUCACAAGAAUGCAUGUGCCAUACAACUUCAACUUUGACCAGCUUCCCAGAGUUAUCGUAUGUGCUGCAAAAAAGUAGGGCUUACCACUUCAAAAUCACUAAUCUUUGAGAAAAAAAAUUUGUAGAUUAGGUACAAGUUGGUCAUAUCCAACCGAAUUGCCAAUAAGUUUUCCAAACUUGGUGAAAUUCAUAACAUCUCGACAUUCAAUUGAACUUCGAACUCUGCCUUUAUUAGCAAAUUGUGAUUCAAAGUGUCGGAAAAGGUAUUUGAUUUUUUAAAUAUGAAAUACAUAAGUUAAUGUAAUGUUUUUCCAGAACUCAAUGGAAACUUCGAUUGGAACGAACACGAUUAAAACGAUCAAUGCGUAGACAUGUAUCGAUAAAUCCAAGGUUUGUUCAAUAUCUGGUUUUCUUGACAGCAGCUUGCUUGAUAAAUACAUACAUAAACUACUAGAUUUUAUCACGUCACUUUUGUUGUAGAUCAAACAUUAAACUUUUCAGGAAUCGGGUCGAACUUGCAUAUCUGAAUCGGGUGCUAAAAUUACUAUCGUGA